AUGGCAGUGAUGCUCGCUGCAGAGCCCGAGUCAUCCAGAAUUUGCAACAGCCCCUCGAUCGAGCAGACCGCCCGGCCGCCCAGUUUGUGGAGCACAUGGUAUGUUCAGACGGGAAAAUGGCGCGCCCACGUUUACCGGUUGCGAUGUGGCGGUCGCAGCAUCGCCAGCAUCCCUGCCAACAAUUAUGCAUUAGUGGAGUCUAUGAAAUGGGAAACCCACGCAGCAGCUCGUCGCUUUGCGUCUCGGAGAGCUUCUCCAAGCCAGUAA